AUGAAAGAAAAUUGUACAGGGGGUAAAUAUUUAAAUAGAUUUCACAACAUGAAUUUAUCUUUCGCUGGCUGUGGUUUUCUUGGUAUUUACCAUGUUGGUGUAGCAGUAUGUUUUAAAAAAUAUGCACCGCAUUUGCUGCUGGAUAAGAUUAGUGGAGCAUCGGCUGGUGCUAUCGCUGCCUGCUGUCUUCUUUGUGACUUACCCCUCGGUGAAAUUACGAGUAAUGUGUUGCGUGUAGCACGAGAAGCCAGAGAACAUACACUAGGUGCUUUCAGUCCAUCAUUUAAUGUACAUGAUAUAUUGUUGGAGAGUUUACAAAAAUUUCUGCCAGAGGAUGCACACAUUCGUGUAAAUGGAAAAUUACAUAUUUCUUUGACCAGGGUAUACGAUGGAAAAAAUGUGAUAGUUUCGCACUAUAACUCAAGACAAGAUUUACUUCAGGCUCUAUUGGCCUCUUCAUUUAUUCCUUUUUUCUCUGGUAUAUUGCCACCACGAUUUCAUGGAAUCAGAUACAUAGAUGGUGGUUUCAGUGAUAAUCUUCCUACGCUUGAUGAAAAUACUGUUACAGUUAGUCCUUUUUGCGGAGAAAGUGAUAUUUGUCCUAGAGAUAUAUCAUCUCAAUUGUUUCAUGUGAAUGUGGCAAAUACAAGUAUAGAACUUUCAAAACAAAACAUAUGUAGAUUUGCUAGAAUACUUUUUCCACCAAAUCCAAAAAUUUUAUCCAAUAUGUGUAAACAAGGAUUUGAUGACGCUUUAAGAUUUUUACAUCGCAACAACUUAAUUAAUUGUACUAGGUGCCUUGCUGUACAAUCUACAUUCGUCGUAUCGGAGACACUAGAUGAGAGUUUCGAAUAUGAUCCUGAAUGUUUAGAAUGUAAAAUGCAUAGACAGGAAGCGUUGGUAGCUAAUUUACCAGAGACCGUUUUGACUAUAUUUCAAGAUGCCAUAGAUUCAGCAAAUAAAGGUCUUAUUAAUUGGUUGUUUAAACAUAGAAGUAUAAAGUUACUCUCCUUGCUUAGCUUACCUUGUACAUUGCCAGCAGAUGUAGUGUAUGCAACAUUUACGAAUUUGGUUGGUAACAAAAUAGAAACUUAUAAUGUGGAAUACAAAGUAAUCGGAAAUGUACUUCGCACACCUUUAUGUGCAUUGAAUUGUGCUAAACAUUUAAAACCUUCACGAUUUAUAUUAAAUGUUCCAAAAUUACGGAAUAAUCUUGUUGAAGCGAGUAGAUAUAUCUUGGAACAUUUGACUUAUGUAUUUCCACAAAUCAAUGUCUAUUACCAACCAAUACCUCAGACAAUCAAGUGUCAAUUAGCUGUUACAGAAUAUGGAUCUAAUAUUUAUGAUAUCAAAUCAACAGAAAACAAUGAUGCAUUGUGUAAAAAUCCAAAGAGUUUAAAUUUGACACUCCAGUAUAAUGAAUUACAAUCGUGGAAAGAAUGUAAUAAUAAAACAAAUUGUGUUAUAAAUGUGUCAGAUAUUGGAAUAGUGGAUGAUACUUUUGAAAAUAUAUUACAGGUAACUACAGAUCAAGAAGCUGUAAUAGCAUAUUAUUACAUGGACGAAAAUAAUAAAGUACAGGUAACAGAAAUAUUUGAUGUAACUGACACAGAUUCACAUGGAAUAUUAUCUGUUGAUGAAAUUGAGACCAAUACAAAAUUACAAUUUGACGGUUGGGAUGAGCCUACUUGGCUAUCUCAGCAUACAUUAAAUGAUGUCACAACAGAAUCUCUUUACACUGAAGCAAAUCAACAAAGUUUAGAGAAUUUGUCCGAUAUAUCUUUAGACGAUGAUAUAUUGGACAAUUCGAAUAUUUUUUCUGAUCCUGAAAGCGAAUGGGGAAUGGAAAAGAGCAAACAAGAAGAAGAAGAAGAAGAACAACAACAACAACAACAACAACAACAACAACAACAACAACAACAACAAUCAUGCAAUCCUCCUGAUAGUCGACCAGAAGUAGAUCAACCAUCAUUAAGUAUAUAAGAUAAAUAUUUUUUUUUUAUCAUAUGAAACUCAGUUUACAAUAUAAUAUUACGUGCAAUACUUCAGGCGGAUAUUGGAUACUUCUGUAUACUUUUUCUUUUAACGAUGUUUUAUAUAUAGGUUUAUUUGGUUUUCUUAAGAAAAACUGUUUUGUUACAUUAUAAUUUGCAGCAAUGCACACUUCUAUAGUAUUUUGUUAUUAAUAUCAUUUACUAAUUGAGAUAUAUUGUUAUUAUUAUUAUUAUAAACUUACUGAGUAAGUGUUCCGCAGAUCUCAUGAGUAGACUGAAAUAUUGGUGUUGAACAUUUUAUUAUAUUAACAGUUAAAUGAUUUAUUUGUAAUUUAUCUAACAUCUUUUUAAUAUUUAAAUAUUUUCAAGUCAUGUUUAUACAAAAAUUAGAUAAUGUUUUCUAUGACGGUUAUAUUACUAUGCUUGCCAUAUGUCGUUUCUUUUAAACGUUAUAGCUUCUAUUUUCAAUAUUGAUAUAAAUUAAUUGUUUUUAUUAUCACAAAAUAGAAAUUAAUUUAAAGAUUUAAUGAAACACACAUGCCUAUUUAUGUGAUAUUACAAAGAAAUAUCUGUGAUUGCAUACAGCUGGGUCUGGGUGCUAUUAAACAGAAGUUUUAUAAUAAUUAUUAAUAAAUUAAACUACUAAAUUUUGUUAUUAUAUAAAA